GUUCGACCCUCUUUAUCUUUCUGUACAUCUCACAAACACUCUCUCUCUAGGGUUAGGGUUUUGUUUAUUGCUUUCAGAGACACAGCUAUGUCGACUUCAAAGAUGAUCCUGUUGAGAAGCUCAGAUGGCGAGACCUUCGAGGUGGAAGAGGUCGUGGCGUUGGAGUCGCAGACCAUCAAGCACAUGAUCGAAGACGACUGCGCCGAUGCAAUCAUCCCUCUGCCGAACGUGACCAGCAAGAUCUUGUCCAAGAUCAUUGAGUACUGCAAGAAGCACGUCGAAACCCCCAAGUCGGAGGAAAAGACUGCCGACGAUGCUCUCAAAACCUUUGACACCGAGUUCGUCAAAGUUGACCAAGCCACCCUCUUUGAUCUCAUCUUGGCGGCAAACUAUUUGAACAUCAAGAGCUUGCUAGAUCUGACAUGCCAAACUGUGGCGGAUAUGAUCAAGGGGAAGACUCCGGAGGAGAUUCGUAAGACCUUUAACAUUAAGAAUGACUUCACUCCCGAGGAAGAAGAGGAGGUGCGCAGGGAGAAUGCGUGGGCGUUCGAGUGAAAUGCGGAGCAGUGUAUGCAAUGUCAAUAGUAUGAUAGGAUUGGGAUAUUAUCACAUGUGCUAUGCACAUUAUGUUUGAAUUGGUGAAAUACAUGGGUUUCUUUUUGCUUUGUGAAAACCAUAACUUCCUUUCCAACAAAUAUGAACUUCUUUAUUGGCAUAUUAUAUGAUAUUGGCUCUUCUGUGGUUGGAAGUUUUUUUAUACAA